AUGGACCCUACCAUCUCCCGCGAGCUGUCGAGGCUCGACCCCGCGGUCCCGUUCCGCGCAACCGCCGAUCACCUGCAUCACACCUGGGCCAGGACCUUCUUCUCCCGGCCAGAGCUCUACGUUCGCCCCCAAUCCAUCGCGGAAAUCCAGCUGCUGGUGACGCUCGCCCGCCGGUGUCGCCGCCGCCUCGUGACUGUUGGGAGCGGCCAUUCUCCCUCCGAUUUGACGUGCACCUCGUCCUGGCUCGUCAACCUCGAUGACUUCAAUCACCUUCUGCAUAUCGAUCCCGAGUCUCGAUCGGUCACCGUCGAGGCAGGCAUUCGAUUGAGUGAACUAGGCACAAAGCUGGAGGAACAAGGGCUGACCCUGGCGAAUCUGGGUAGCAUUGACAGUCAGUCCAUCGCAGGGGUCAUCGCGACGGGCACCCACGGCAGCUCCAUGCGACAUGGCCUGCUCUCGGAGUGUAUUGAGGCCCUGAGUCUGGUGCUGGCGAACGGCCAGCUGGUGCGCUGCAGUGCCUCCAACAAUCCGGACCUCUUUCGGGCGGCGCUGGUCUCCUUGGGUGCGCUCGGAAUUGUCGUCGAAGUAACCUUUAAAGCGAGACCCGCUUUCAACAUCGCCUGGCGCCAGGAGAGAUAUUCCCUGUCCCGGGUACUGAGCGAGUGGUCGACGGGGCUGUGGACCUCGCAUGAAUUUGUCCGUGUGUGGUGGCUGCCUUACGAGAAGGGCGCGAUUGUCUGGCGCGCCGACCAAACCGACCAACCCCUCCACGCACCCCCCAGCAACUUUUACGGCGAGGGAGUUGGAUACCACAUCUAUCACAACCUGCUUGCGCUGUCCUCCUACUUCCCGCGGAUCCUGCCGUGGGUCGAGUGGUUCGUGUUUGGCAUGCAAUAUGGGUUCCGUCCAGGCGCAACUGUUACUGAGGCGGUCGAGCCCUCACGCGCCGGUCUGCUGAUGAACUGCCUAUACUCCCAAUUCGUCAACGAGUGGGCGCUGCCCCUCAAUAAGGGCCCCGAGGCCAUUCUCCGGCUCUCCGCGUGGCUGCACGGGGACCUGAAGACGGCCGGGAUUCCCUUUUCCCCCAAGGGUCUGUGGGUGCAUUGCCCAAUCGAGGUGCGCGUGUCCGACUCAAGCAAGAAUGCCAAUCCACGACCCUUCUUGGACCCAACGUGUCGCGACGGGCCCACCCUCUACCUAAAUGCGACUCUGUACCGCCCGUAUCUCCGCGAUCCGCCCUGUCGCCAGCGGUACUAUGAGGCCUUCGAAUGGCUCAUGCGGGACAUGGGCGCUCGGCCGCACUGGGCGAAAAACUUCAAUACCCUUGAUGCCACGGAGCUGCACCGGCUAUACAAGGACGAUAUGGACGGGUGGCUGCGAGUGCGGCAAGAGGUUGACCCCGAGGGCAUGUUCCUGGGCGAAUGGCAUUGUCGCAACUUGCCCCUGGUCGCACCGGCUGACCACAACGAUUGGCUGCCUCUCGCGGAGCGGGAAAGUCAACGUCGCAAGCUGGACAUCAGCGGCGCUGGCGAUGGCCUCGAGUGGAUUGGCGAUCGCCGGUGGCAGAGCGAGAGUGCCUCGGGGCCGUUCUUCGCUAACGGGCAGCGCACGUCUGAACUGCCGUCCGACCCCUCCGCGCCUAGUCCGCCAAUGACGGCAACGAGCGAGGAGAGUUUUGAUUUGCUUGCGAAGGGUGAAGCCAGCAUCUUGCUCCAAGGCGCAUGA